AUGGGAAAGAAGAAACCUCAGAAAGAGGGCAGACCAAAACAGAAAGAAUCCCGAUUUAAGAGGCCCUCUAAAAAUCUAGAGACCUUUGCCAAUGAAGUCCAUGAAGCUUUAGAUGCCAGUAUCCAGGGAGACACUGCAGAAGAUGAUGGAGAGACAAAGGUGAAGUUUCCCUGUCCGUUGGCAAUGUGGGACUUAGGACAUUGUGACCCAAAGAGAUGUACAGGCCGGAAACUGGUGCGGAAACGUCUUGUCAAGAACCUCCGAAUAAACCAAAGGUUCAAUGGCAUCAUUCUGAGCCCUAUGGGGACAGUGUAUGUCUCUCCUGCUGACAAACAAAUUGUUGCAGACUGUGGUGUAGCUGUUAUUGACUGCUCCUGGGCUAAGCUGGAUGACACACCAUUCUCUAAGAUGAAAGGAAGCCAUCCUCGGUUGUUGCCGUAUCUGGUUGCUGCAAAUCCGGUGAACUAUGGGAGGCCCUGCAAACUGUCUUGUGUGGAAGCUUAUGCUGCGACAUUCUGUAUUGUUGGAUUUCCAGAUUUGGCCACAAUUCUGUUGAGGAAAUUUAAAUGGGGGAAAGUGUUCCUUGAGCUGAAUAAAGAUCUGCUGGAGAAGUACAGUAACUGCCAGAAUUUGGAGGAAAUGAAGAAGGUGGAAGCAGAGUACUUGGCUGGGGCUCAGGACAAAGAUGAAGAAGAAAUAGGUUUUCAGCUUGGUGUCUUACCAAAGAAUGAUCUAAAACCUGAUCCUUGCAAUAUAAAUAUUUUACAUGCCAGUGUGUUGCCAUUUAUUGUCAAUGGCAAUAGACUAUCAUGCGUUUGGUCACAAAUGGUGCAUAUCAUUUUGUUGGAUGUUUGGUGCAGUAUUUGCCCAUUCAUUUGA